UACGUCAUCGAAACGCGUCUGUGGGCAGGUAAACAUUUCCGCUGUGUCGCGAUGGAUUCAAACAAGGACGAAGCGGAGCGAUGUAUUAAAAUAGCCCAAAAUGCCAUCAGCAACAACCAGCCGGACAAAGCUAGGAAGUUUUUGGAAAAGGCCCAGCGUUUGUUUCCGACAGAGCACGCCCAAAGUUUACUGGAUUCACUAACACAGAAUGGUAAACCUCCAAGUGAGAAUGGAGCUACGAUGAACGGUGAAGGGCCGUCAGUGAGACACAGAGGCCACACGGAGGAGGCAGAGGGCUCGGGGCAGGCCCACACCGAGUCUGCUAAACCCUACACCGCAGAGCAGCUGGAAGCGGUCAGAAAAAUUAAGAGCUGUAAAGAUUACUAUCAAACUCUCGGUGUAGAAAAGACUGCAUCAGAAGAAGACCUGAAAAAGGCUUAUAGAAAAUUAGCUCUGAAAUUUCAUCCGGACAAAAACCAUGCACCUGGAGCCACAGAAGCUUUUAAAGCCAUUGGAAACGCCUAUGCUGUGUUGAGUAACCCUGAUAAAAGAAAACAUUAUGACCAGUAUGGGGAGGAGAGUGCACAGCCAAGCAGCAGACACAGACAUCACCAUCGCGAAUUUGAAGCGGACAUCUCACCUGAGGAUCUCUUCAAUAUGUUCUUUGGUGGUGGCUUCCCAACGAGUAAUGUACAUGUUUACAGAAAUGGAAGAAUGCACUUUGGUCAUCACAAUACACACGAAAGAAGAGAACAGCAAAGAGAUGGAGGUCUGGCUCUUUUUGUCCAGCUGAUGCCCAUCCUAAUCCUCAUCAUUGUCUCCGCUUUAAGCCAAUUGAUGGUGACGCAGCCUCCCUAUAGCCUUAGCUACCGCCCGUCAGCUGGACAUAUUCACAAAAGGCAUACAUCAAGCCUGAAAGUGCUUUACUAUGUGGGAGAGCGCUUCAAUGAAGAGUAUACCGGAAAUAACCUGAAGAAUGUGGAGAGAAGUGUUGAAGAGGACUUUAUCUCUAACCUCAGGAACAAUUGUUGGAAGGAGAAACAGCAGAAGGAGGGUUUAUUGUACCGAGCUCGUUACUUCGGAGAUUCUGAGUUGUACCAAAGGGCGCAGAGGAUGGGGACUCCAAGCUGUUCCAGAUUAUCUGAAAUUCAGGUCAUGCUGGACGGCUAAAAACCACUGGACACACAUGGGUUUGUUGGUACUUGAAUCUGAAAGAAUGCCCACUCACCAGGAGCAUAUUAUGUUAGCAAAAACCAAGAGAAGAAGAGAUGCCUUACUCGCAGUGGGCAGCAGACCUCAUCAGGGAACCUCUCUGCAAAUCUGUAGACGGACUUCCUGUAGAACUGUGAGACGCUUGAGUUGACUGCUGAUAUUUUUUUACUCUUCAAGAUCCCAUGUCCAUUGAUGUCGAAGAGGCGUAACUACAUAAAUAAAAACGUUUAUUUAAAGGUGCAUUGUGUAACUUUUCUGGUCGAGGCAGGGUCUGUCAUCUGCUUGUUUCUAUGGAGAUGUCAUUGCUCUGCCUGGAAUGUUCUACAAUACAACAUUAAACAGUUACAUUUAUUCAAUUACAGGUGGGUUUAUAGCUCAAAAAUACCUAGAAAAUCUGAUCUAGCUUGUAAAUUGGUUAACUUCACGAAGAUGGAAAGAUUUAAUGCCAUACUGUGAAACAUUCCAGACAAAGCAAUAACACCUCCAUGGAGAAAAGCAUUUGACAGACCUUCCAUCAGAAAAGUUAAACAAUGCACCUUUUAAAAAGAUUGACAAAGCUGCUAAUUUAAGCUUUCUCUGUCCUGAAUCUUCGUUCUACCUAAAACUUUAGAGAAUUCUCCCUGGCCUCCUGUUCACAUACUUCUGAGCCACUCAAAUGAGAAGCGUGUAAUUUUUAUAGUUCUUGCCAUGUAUAUAUACAUUUUACUUUUAACAGUGCAGGAUUUAUGGGAUUAAUAUAAUUUAAUAUGCUGUUAUUAUGUGGAUUUGCCUGUAGCUGUAGUAUCAGAAAUCAUUGCACAAUUAAAAGUAAAUCUUAUUUAUUAAAUUAACAUGCUAAAUUUAAUAUGUUUCUUUCAUUAAAAACUGUCAAAUUAUGA